AUGCAUUUCGUACUACUUGGCGCCAGUGGCCGCACCGGCCAAAAAGUCGUGUCUGAGCUACUCUCCGAAGGCCACACAGCAGUAGCCCUCGUCCGCUCUGCCAAGAGCGUCGCUGCUCGUCCCGGUCUCACAAUUAUCACCGGCUCGCCACUCUCGCGGUCUGACAUCCACGCCGCCUUGUCCGCUGUGCCAAACACGCCUCCAUCCGCGGCCAUCUUUACGUUGAACACGGUGCGCACGUCCGAUAGCCCGUUCGCGGCGCAAGUGUCGCCUCCUCGCUUCCUGGCGGACUCGUGCGCCAAUGCCUGUGAGGUACUGGCGCAGGCAGGCGUCACAAGAAUCGUCGUCAUGUCGACUGCGGGCGCGGGAGAUUCCUGGGCGAACCUGCCGCUGCUCAGUAAGGCCUUUUUGGGGUGGACCAACGUCAAGCACGCUCUUGAAGACUACAACAUUCUCGACCAGGAGAUUCGCAGAACAAAGAUGGACUGGACGUUGGUGAGACCGGUAAGAUUGGAUUUCGACAAGGAGGACAUCGGCAAGGGGGACGUGAGAACACUGGGCAGCGACGGGAAGGGCAUGCGCAUGAGUGAUAGCGUGACGCUGCCAGCUGUGGCAAGAUUUCUGGUCAAGCUUGCGACUGAAGGGCUCUUUGUCCGGGAGUCAGUUGUAGUGAAAGAGUGA